CCUCCACCGUCCACUGUCUAGCUGCACCGGUUCCACCACAUUCUUUUUUACUCCUAUAGGUCGCUCUUUUCCCUUUUAAACCUUUUACGGCCUGCGUGAGCUUGCAAAAUCUUUCAAUCUUCCUAGUCGUUCUGCAAUGUUUUCAAAGCUGUUCACUAUCACUGUUAUCUCCGCCAUCAUUGGUGCCUAUGCCGAUGUCGUUCCUACCGUUCCAGGACCGGGUGACUCGUAUGACGAGGGAGAUACCUGCGUUAUAGAAUGGACCGGAGACAAAUCGUCGACGACGGCAUGGAAGGACAUGGCUAUCGAGCUGAUGACCGGGAGCAACACUGCCAUGGUUCACAUAACAACGGUUGCAACAGGACAAGACGGAACAGCAGACGGUUCAUACAACUAUACAUGUCCAGACGUGACCCCUAACUCUGCAAUCUAUUUCUAUCAGUUCACCGCUCCUGCAGCUGCCAACACGACCUGGGUCACCCGCUUCACUAUUGCCUCUACCAACGGUAAAAGCACUACACCCACAAACUCUACUCAACCCGACGGUUCUGAUAUCGCCUGGGGGACCGGCGCCCUUGUCGAUCCCUCCCUUGCUGUUGCGGCUCCUGACUUUUCUUCGAACUCUACUUCUGCCACGUACUCAGCAUCAGUAAUGACCACGAGUACGGUUCAGACCACGACCGAGGCAACGUCGUUAGCCGCCUCCGAUACUACCAGUACAAGCACGACGGAGGCGUCUGCCAAAAGUACCAAUUCAAACUCUGCCAAGACUAGUAAUGGCGCAGUGAACUUUGGUGCACAGGCAUGGCAGGCGCUGAUGGUUAUGGGCGUAUCGUCUGUGGUGUUCGCGAUUCUCCUCUAAAUUUUGAUACCCAUUGGAGAUCGCAAGCGAAUACUUAUUUGUAUCUUAAUCACGUCUUUCUUUUGUCUUCGUUCAUUUUGGUGCGGGUUCUGGCUCUUUCAAAAAUAAAAUUUGCAGCAUUCAUAUGUCCGGGUGUUCUUAAGAAUACAAACAUACAAAGGUAUUGUACUUCCAUCUACGAGCAGGUAGCUGAUUUCAGAUGUUCAGGAGUGUUUUGGCGGGCUCACGACUGGAGAUUUCCUUCUUUUCUCCUUCACUUAUGACGCGGUUUGAUUGGGCUUGGUCGGGACUCGGUAUCCUCGAUUGCGCGGAACUUAAUCGGAUGGGUCCCGAAAAGGUCAUAGUGCGAGCACAUGUCGAGAACACUGAUUGGCC